GAGGACAGGCCUGGGCAGGACCGGCGGCCUGGAGGCCGUGAGAGGUGGAGGCCGGGCGGCCUUGGCACGCGGCGGGAGCGGAGGGGAAGAGGCGGACACGAGCGAGACCCGCAGGUCCACCGCGAAGGUGGGACGUUCCGCGCGCCGACCGCCCUCCGGCCGCCACCGCCCCGCUGGCCCUGCAGCCGCCGCCACCGCCACCGCCAUCGCCACCGCCGCUGCCUCCCGGGCCCCGCGGACCCAGCCGGGGAGGGGGUGCGGCGUGCGCGACCGGAGCCUCCGGAGAUGGCGGGCGGCCACUGCGGCAACUUCGCGGCGGCGGCGGCGGGCAGCGGCGAGAUCGUGCAGCUGAACGUGGGGGGGACCAGAUUUAGUACCUCAAGACAAACUCUUAUGUGGAUUCCAGAUUCUUUUUUUUCCAGUUUGCUGAGUGGAAGAAUUUCAACACUUCGAGAUGAAACUGGUGCUAUAUUUAUUGAUAGAGAUCCAGCAGCAUUUGCACCCAUUUUAAAUUUUCUUCGGACAAAAGAACUAGACUUAAGGGGAGUGAGUAUUAAUGUUCUCAGGCAUGAAGCAGAAUUUUAUGGAAUCACUCCAUUAGUGAGAAGGCUUCUCUUAUGUGAAGAAUUGGAGCGGUCAUCCUGUGGCAGUGUCCUUUUUCAUGGUUACUUGCCCCCACCAGGUAUUCCUAGUCGUAAAAUAAACAACACAGCUAGGUCCUCUGCUGAUUGUAGGAAUGGCCUAAACUCUACAGAGGGGGAAGCCCGGGGAAGUGGAACACAGCCUGUUCUCUCUGGAACUGGAGAGGAAACUGUUAGGCUGGGAUUUCCUGUGGAUCCACGAAAGGUGUUGAUAGUAGCUGGCCACCACAACUGGAUUGUAGCUGCAUAUGCACAUUUUGCUGUGUGUUACAGAAUCAAAGAAUCUUCAGGAUGGCAACAAGUAUUCACAAGCCCAUAUUUAGAUUGGACUAUUGAACGAGUGGCUUUAAAUGCAAAAGUGGUUGGAGGACCACAUGGAGACAAAGACAAAAUGGUUGCUGUGGCCUCAGAGAGUAGCAUUAUCCUGUGGAGUGUGCAAGAUGGCGGAAGUGGAAGUGAAAUUGGAGUGUUCAGCCUUGGUGUUCCUGUAGAUGCCCUCUUCUUUAUCGGUAACCAGUUGGUGGCCACAAGUCACACGGGGAAGGUGGGGGUGUGGAAUGCCGUCACUCAGCACUGGCAGGUUCAAGAUGUUGUUCCUAUAACUAGUUAUGACACUGCUGGGUCAUUCCUUCUGCUGGGAUGCAACAAUGGGUCAAUAUAUUACAUAGAUAUGCAGAAAUUCCCUUUGCGAAUGAAGGAUAAUGACCUUCUUGUUACUGAACUCUAUCAUGAUCCUUCAAAUGAUGCUAUUACUGCUCUGAGUGUUUACCUCACACCCAAAACAAGUGUCAGUGGUAACUGGAUUGAGAUCGCCUAUGGUACGAGCUCUGGGGCAGUGCGAGUCAUUGUGCAGCACCCAGAGACACUUGGGUCAGGUCCUCAGCUUUUUCAGACUUUCACAGUUCACCGAAGCCCAGUUACAAAAAUCAUGCUGUCAGAGAAGCAUCUUGUUUCUGUCUGUGCAGAUAACAAUCAUGUCCGGACAUGGACAGUAACACGAUUCAGAGGAAUGAUCUCUACUCAGCCAGGUUCCACUCCUUUAGCAUCUUUCAAGAUACUGUCUUUGGAAGAGACAGAGAGUCAUGGUAGCUAUUCCUCUGGAAAUGACAUAGGGCCAUUUGGAGAGCGAGAUGAUCAACAAGUGUUUAUCCAGAAAGUUGUUCCUAUCACUAACAAACUAUUUGUAAGACUCUCAUCUACUGGAAAGAGAAUAUGUGAGAUCCAAGCUGUUGACUGUACUACAAUAUCCUCAUUUACAGUGAGAGAAUGUGAAGGAUCCAGUAGGAUGGGCUCAAGGCCAAGGCGCUACUUGUUUACAGGCCAUACAAAUGGCAGCAUUCAAAUGUGGGAUCUGACCACUGCUAUGGAUAUGGUUAACAAAAGUGAAGAUAAGGAUAUAGGUGGUCCAACUGAAGAAGAGCUACUCAAAUUACUAGACCAGUGUGAUUUGAGUACGUCUCGCUGUGCUACUCCUAACAUUAGUCCAGCAACUUCUGUGGUUCAGCAUAGCCGCCUGCGGGAAUCAAAUUCUAGCCUUCAGCUUCAGCACCAUGAAACCAUCCAUGAAGCCGCUACUUAUGGCUCUGUGAGGCCUUACAGGGAGAGUCCUUUGUUAGCCAGGGCAAGAAGGACUGAGAGCUUUCACAGUUACAGGGACUUCCAGACUAUUAAUCUGAACAGAAAUAUAGAAAGAACUGUCCCUGAAAAUGGUAACUUGGGUCCAAUACAAGCUGAAGUGAAGUGGGCAACAGGGGAAUGUAAUAUAUCUGAGAGAAAGUCUCCUGGAACAGAAAUAAAAACUUUGAAGGAAUUAGAUAGUGGACUGGAAGUGCAUAAAAUAGCUGAAGGUUUUUCGGAAUCCAAGAAAAGGUCUUCAGAAGAUGAAAAUGAAAAUAAAGUGGAGGUAAGGAAGAGAGGAGGAUUCGAAGGAGGAGGAUUCCUUGGAAGAAAGAAAGUUCCGUAUCUGGCGUCAUCACCAAGUACUUCUGAUGGCGGAACUGACUCGCCUGGUACUGCAUCCCCAUCUCCUACAAAGACCACCCCAUCUCCUCGGCAUAAAAAAAGUGAUUCUUCAGGUCAAGAGUACAGCUUGUGAAAAACUCACCAAAAUGAAUGAUAGUCUUGUUAAAUUUAGAUGAAUAUUAAAGUAUCCUGGAUUUUAGCACAUUAGUUUUUACACUAAAACUUUACAGGAUAAAAUAUCUUCUUACAGAAUUACCUGAAAUAAAGAGAGACAAUAAUCAUCUCUCUUGACAUUUUGAAAUUUUAUGUUUUUGCAAGCACGUGUGACAGAUCAUUUGUAAAGCAGGAGUCUGUUGGUUCUGUUACAGUACCAUGUCUUAUUAGGAUAGUGCUCACAUGGGUAAGUAUCCCUUAGAGCAUGUGACCCAGUGACCUGCAUUCCUAAUCUCAGUUAUGCCUGAGAUUUGUCUUUCAAUCUUGUUAUCUCAAGUGAAUCACACAAUUUUUCUAGGAACCUGGGCUCCCAACCCUUAUUGUGACUGCAAAAUAUUUACCAGGUAUUUGAUGAGGUGCUAUGUUUGUGACAAAAUACCAUGUAAUUCAGAAACACUAUUGAUGUUGACUACCAAGUUCCACUGUGUUGUAAGAAUUUUGUGGUCAUUUUAUUUUAAUUAUGGGUCAUUUUCUUAUUCUCAUAUUGGGAGUUCUUAAAUCAUAGUGUGCAUCGCCAAUAUUCAAUGACAAAAAAGUCCAUGUAAAAAGUUUAAGUUGGAGCAAUUAUCUGUUUGAAAAGAUGAAGUAAAAAUAAUAAUAAGGGCAAAGCUUUGUGUGCCCAGAAGGGGAAAUUCUCAGCUGCUACUCUGCCUUGCUGGAGGAGCCACCAUAUUUUUUCAGUGUUUAAUAAUCAAGAUAAUUAAUUGUGGCCAUUGUGUUACACUUUGGGACUAUAGUUCUGGAUUUUUUGGCAAAGAUUUGGACUCUUGUAAAAAUGUUAUUUUGAAUAUAUUUUGAGUUUUAAGAGUAAAAGAAGUUUUUGUAUUUUUUUCUUCAUUUAAUUAGAAUGAUUUUCACGUUUAUGCAAAUAGGCUAAGUGUAAAUUUAAAUCAUUAAGCAUUUAUUGGUGAAUAAUAUAUAUAUAUUCCCAUUCCGAGAAAUACAAUAAAUGAAGUUGAAAUAAAUUCUUUAAGUUUACUAUAUUGCCAGUGGUUUCCAAAAUUCUCUUGUAUCUAUUUAUCAAUGAAACCAAAUAAAAAUUAUUAAGACAAUGUUGUUUUCAGUUA